GGUAAUGAUGGUUAUAAUGGUUAUGAUGGAGUUCCUGGUAUGGAUGGACCACGAGGACUCAGAGGUAGAACCGGAAUGCCAGGAAUACCAGGUGUUGCACCAAGGACUUCCUGAAAUUUACAUAUCAGUGCAGGUUGUAGAGUGUGCUCACCCACCAACAUCACACUAAAAACACCAAGUACGAGCUUUGGUGCCCGAUGAAGAUUUACUGAGAGUAGAUCAAAACAUUGCAUGGGGAAGGCGGAAAGCCUGGACCGCGUGGUGCAAUUGGUGAACCGGGCCCUAUGGGAACAAGAGGCAGUCAAGGACCUCCAGGAAAGCCUGGUCCCAAAGGAGAUCAGGGAAGACCAGGACGACAAGGUUUUUAUGGCCCACUGGGUCCUGCUGGUAUUCAAGGCAUUAAUGGUACUAACGGAGCAGAUGGAGCUAAUGGUUUGAAUGGAUCAACAGGUGCCAUUGGUACUAUUGGAGAUCAAGGAACUUUUGGAGAACCUGGUGAGCAGGGUCCUAUGGGAUUAAAAGGACAGAAGGGAGUUAUUGGGAGUCCAGGUCGAAAAGGUGAGAAAGGUGAUAGUGGAGCGCCAGGCCUUUCGAACAUCAAGGGGAAUAAAGGAAUUCCUGGAGAAAAGGGUUUUAAAGGUAAAAGUGGCCCACCAGGUCCUACAGGUAAAAGUGGACUGACGGGAAAACCAGGUCUCAAAGGAGUGAAAGGAAGAACUGGUAUGAAAGGUGAAAAAGGAUUAGAUGGCCAACCUGGAAUGAUGGGAGUAACAGGAAUGCUUGGAGUAAAGGGUGAACCUAAUGAAAAAGGUUUUGAUGGUUUUCCGGGGCGUCCAGGUGAUAAAGGAAGGCCCGGAAUAAAGGGCAUAAAGGGAAAACCAGGUGAAAUUGGGCUGAUGGGGCCACCAGGAGAAAUAGGCUAUGCUGGCUAUGGUAUUCCAGGCCCAACAGGUAGACCUGGAGAUUGGGGUCCACCGGGAUUACCAGGUCUGCGGGGUCCAAUUGGAUCAAGAGGUGAUAAAGGAUCUAGAGGUAAUAUCGGUCCACCAGGGUCACCAGGCUUACCGUCAACAUUGAAUGGAAUCAAAGGACAAAAGGGAAGAAAAGGACUACCUGGAUUACAGGGUAGCAGAGGCUGGCCUGGCCCACAGGGUCCACCUGGACUACGUGGGCUAAAAGGUGAGCUUGGUCCAGAAGGCCUACCUGGAGUGAAAGGCUACGAAGGUGCUAGAGGAUUACAUGGAGCCCGAGGAAUACCUGGUAUCCCAGGUGAUACUGGUUCACCAGGAAGAAAUGGGACAAUGGGAUUGGAAGGAAUUGCUGGGGAAGACGGACCUUCAGGUGAAAUGGGCAGAAAAGGAGAAAAGGGAUUACCAGGACGUGUAGGUUUACGAGGUGAAAAGGGUGACUCUGGGCCACCCGGUGAAGAUGGUGUACCUGGUUUUACAGGAGAAAAGGGGGAAAAAGGAGAACAAGGCAGCCCUGGCAUACCAGGUCCAAAAGGCGGUACUGGCCAACCAGGUUUGGCAGGAUUCUAUGGUCUCCUCGGUAGAGGGGGUCUCCGGGGUAUGGUUGGUAACCCAGGUCUUCCAGGAUCACAGGGUCUAAAGGGGGUUAAAGGCAACAAAGGAGACCUUGGACGCACUGGUAAACCUGGUAUACCAGGUUCUACAGGUGGAAGAGGCUACAUGGGAACAAGGGGAAUUCAAGGUGUACCUGGUAUCAAGGGAGAGAAAGGAAUAGCUGGAAUGAAAGGCAAUCAAGGAGCAGAUGGCAACAAGGGUCGCAAAGGCAAUUUUGGAAAAUCUGGACAAAUUGGGCCACCAGGGAUGCAAGGGCCAGAUGGAUUAGUAGGGUCAAAGGGUAACAAAGGGUUUGCAGGUGUCAUUGGGCCACAAGGUGGAGUUGGCCACAAAGGAGUAGAUGGCCCCAAAGGUUCCGAAGGUCCAAUUGGUGUUAAAGGAGAUCCAGGUAUGCCAGGUAGUCCAGGUCUGAAGGGUGAGAGUGGCUUCUUCGGAGUGGCAGGACUUAAAGGUGAAUUAGGAAUGAUUGGUAAAAAGGGAGUGAAAGGUCAAGUUGGUAACAAAGGAUUGAUUGGUAGAGAUGGCCCCAAAGGAGUUAAAGGUCAGUCUGGGGAAGUAGGACCACCAGGCCGGCAGGGAAAAUCUGGACCCAGUGGACCAAAGGGAACAAGUGGAAGACCAGGAAUAAAGGGCAGUAAAGGUGCUAAAGGAAUUAAAGGAAUCCGUGGUGACAUCGGACACUCAGGUGCUCAAGGACCAAAGGGGGAUAAAGGAAUAAAGGGAACACCUGUGAUUGGAAAGCCAGGUAGACAGGGAUUCAAGGGACUCAAAGGACUGCCAGGUAAUCAGGGCGAUAAAGGAUCAAGUGGCGUAAAAGGCGAAAGAGGUAACGAAGGCGCAAAAGGUUAUACAGGUGCACAAGGGAGGAGAGGACCACGUGGGAGAGUAGGACGUGUGGGUAUUGCAGGUAAAACAGGCAAGCAGGGUAAACCAGGACUAAUUGGUCCAUCGGGACCAAGUGGCACUCAAGGCAUCAGUGGCGAUCCAGGACUCCCUGGAAUUAUGGGUAAAAAUGGAGAUCGUGGCAUCCAAGGGCCGUUUGGACAGAAUGGGCUGAAGGGUGACAAAGGAUGGAGGGGCAAAACUGGUCAACAGGGUCCAAAAGGAAUUGUGGGUGUGAUUGGUGAUCCCGGACAACCAGGUCAGGUUGGUGAGCGAGGAGCGCCUGGUCCAACAGGAUUAAUAGGAUCCAAGGGCAAAAAAGGAAGGCGGGGUACAAAAGGUGUUCGUGGACUACCAGGGCCACCUGGACCACCUGGUAAAGAACCAUUUAUUACAAUAGAGGGUAACGCUACCUAUUUUACCUGGAGCAUUAAUUACCGAGAAGCUGAUGAACAACCUAAUAAGUCUAAUUUAGGCUCAUCGAAUCCUGUCCAUGGAGUUGGCGUAACGCUUGAACCAGCUGCUGCUUUUCCAGACUUGAUCACCAAACCAGUACUAUUCCAUCCUCCUGAGGCUAAUAUGCAUGGACCUCAAAUGACUAAAGAGGAACUAGAUGAAAAGAAUGAUAUUGCUAUCCUUGUAUCAAAGCUGAAUACCUUAACUGGGAAACUUCAGCAAGUAAAGACACCAAAUGGCUCAAAAGAUUUCCCAGCAGUCUCCUGUAAAGAUCUGAACCGUAUGCACCCAGGACUGAAAGAUGGUUUUUACUGGUUAGACCCAAAUGAAGGUGCAAAUGGGGAUAAGUUUAAAGCUUACUGCAACCUCUCAGGUGGAGGAUAUACUUGUAUUAAACCCAAACAAAAGAUUUCUGUCCAAAAAUGGAACAUGGAUAAAUAUUGGUUUAGUAAAAGUCAGAAUGCUGGCCAAUUUACUUAUGAAGCCAAUAAGGUCCAACUUCGGUUUCUGAAAUUACGCAGUAGUAGAGCAAUACAAAGGUUUACCUUUAAGUGUGUGAAUACUAUAGCCUACUAUGAUCCAAGAAGAAAAAAAUAUGAUAAAGCUGUGGAAUUUUUGUCACAAAAUGGCAAAACACUAAGAGCAUCACAUCCCUCUUACACAGUAGUUAAAGACACGUGUAGGCAACGUUCAUCGAAUGUCCGGAAGACAAUAUUUCAGUUUGAGACCGGCAAAAUCAAUUUAUUACCAAUUGUAGAUUUUGCUGUAAAUGAUGUGAAAGAUGAUCAAAGAUUUGGCCUAGAGAUUGGUGAAGUUUGUUUUUUGUGAUGCUUGUUUGAAUUAAUUGAUUUUCCUCAGGUUUCCAUAUAAAACUCUGGUGUAUCAGGUACUGAACUAGUAUUACAUUUUAAUAUAGAAUUUUACAAGGUCUAUUUCUAAAUAUCGUCUUAGUCUGAUUUUCAAAGGUUUUUAACAAGUCGAAGGAUCGAUGCUUUGCCCUGGCUGACGUAUUAUCUUACUGAAUGCUCAGUACAUUCCCAAAUACUUGCGAAAAAUCUCACAACUGAUUCGGGUUGGAGUCGAACCCACGACCCCAAGAUAAAUAGCAUGGUCUCAUAAUCACUAGACCACCGAGCUUUCACUAAGUAAGGUUGGACACCACAUCAUUUCUAUUACAUUUAUGGCAUAAGAACAUCAUCAAAAUACAAUUAUUCAUCGAAAUACAAUUGUAAGUCAUUAUAAUUGAAGCUCUCCAUGUUCAAAAUAGACGAGGUUUAAAGGAAGUCGUAAUGCAAAACUUUGUUUAAACUUGCUGUGAAAGAUAGGAACUCAGUUAUCACAACAUUUUGAAAUCCUUGGUGAUUUUGAUUGUUAAAUUGUCAUGGUUUGAUUCUCUUAUGUCAGAAUCAAUAACACAAAGUGCAGUAUCUACUCUAGUGGAAUUAUUGAUACUAGUCAAAGUUUGUUUGUUCGAAUUUGGAAAAUAUACCGAAUUAGCCACUAAAGAUGACAUCAUCACCAUUUCGUAUAUUGGGUAUAAAAUCGUAAACAUUCGCUGGAGUCGUAUUCUUAUGAGGGGUCAAAAGUGAAGUGAUGUCUAUUAAAUCUUCUAAUAUGUAAUGAAGUUAGCAUAGAAUGUACAUUUUUAUAACAACAUAUACAUAUACAUUUUGAAUUAUUCAUAGAUUCAUAAGAUUAAAGUUAAUUUAGUUUACAUUUCCAUGCAGACCAAAAAUAUGAAUAGUUUUGAGAGUCCUUCUAGGGGUUCUAAGAAAAAGAAAAGUGUGUUAAUGUUAUACUGACUAUACAAUACUAGGUUUGGUGACUAAUUCUGUCUAAUAACUGACUGUCUAAUCACAUUGAUAACACUAAUUUAAGUAUGACAAUUUCAACUGAACUUUAAAAGUAUACAAACAUACUACUACAUACUACAUAAUUACUGUAUUAACAUUUGAACAUGUGAAUGAGAUGGAAGGAGUAUCCCAUGAGUGAAACCCGAAUGGAGCAAUCCAACUUUCACUGAAAUACUGAACCAUUGCACAAACAACUAAGACAUAUUAUUAGCCUUAAAGAUGUAACACAACUAAUUAGGUCCUUGUCAUUUGAUACUGUGAAGAAUGACAACCAUAACUACAAGAAUAUAAUGUUGAAUGCUGAGUAUUAUCAAAUGAUUGAACAAAACUAAAAUCUACCAUUAAAAACAGAUAUUUGGGUGUGUUAUAAAACAAAUAUACAAAUUUAACUACUAUCUGUAAAAAUAUUUAAUAACUAUACGGUUUAAUUUGUUUUGGAAGGUAAUGUGGAUAGAAUCGGAGAUCUAACUGCCAAUGCAUGAAUUAAAUAUUCUUUACAAUGGAAAUUAAAAAUUUGCCCUAAUAUUAAAUUUUCUAUAUACCAAAAGUGGCAUUUAAAUUGCUGUGUCCCAUUUAUAAAAUUAUCCCAAUACACACUUAAACCAUUUUCAUGAAGACUGUCCCUCUAUUGAAUAUAUAACAUCUCUAAUAAAUUUAAUCUAAUACAGUCAAAUAAAAAGUGUUCGACUGUUUCUUUUUGGUUAUCAGUACAUUGUUUACAUAUGCCUGUGUUGUGAUUAAACCAUGAUUGCCUGCGGUCUUCAAGAUCUAACGAAUUGGAUUUUGCUUUGAAUUUUAAGUUAAUGCCUUUGGCAAAUAUUAUUAAAAGUGUGGGCUUCCAUUAUACAUUAUAUUCUGACUAUGAUGUGUUGUCAUCAUUGCUUCUAUUUUCCUUAGUAAUCUAUUUUCCUUAUUAAAUUGCCGAUCCAUUCAGUUACAGGUUCUUGAUUAAACGUAUUACAUUUUUUUUUUUUUAUAAGAACCAGUAAAAUUUUGUCCAGACUCAGUGUUCUUAUUUUUUGGCCGAUUUCAGGCUCAAAAUGUUCUUAUUUUGUUCGUAUUUUACACACUUUUCAGACAGAUAAUUAUUAUGUGCACAAUGAAUACACUGUACUGAAAUGUAGGAAAAAUUGACCCCUAAAAAAAUUGCCUCAAAUGACAGGUAAGUAUACCUACUGUACUAUAUUACAUAGUCACACCUACUGCACAUACAGUAAGGUAAAGAUAAAAUGUUUUCGUUUUGUAGUUUUUAAAAAUAAAAACCUCAUUUGACAUAUUUUACCUCAGCCUCAAUUUGUUCAUAUUUUGUUCUUAAUUUUCAAGCAAUUUCAG